UCGUGUCCGCUCUUUCCUAUUCACCUUUUCUCCCUCUCCUUUCUCCAUCGCCUCUUUCAUCUUUUACCAAUUCCCAGUUCCCACUCUCACACAAAACGCUUUACUCUCACUGAAACUCAAAGCCACACACACACUUUAUAGCAUCUCUCUAGUCUAGACUCUCAUUACCUAUCAGAUCCAUUUCUGCUAAUGGACUAGGGUUUCUAGUGAUGCUGAAGCUUAAACCUUGCCGUUCUGAGCUGUUCUAAGGGAUCGCUUUGAGCGCAGAUACAAUGGGGAAGAAUGUGUUGGUUAUGUGUCUUGCUCUUUUGGUUCUAUUUGGAGGUGCCUCGUCAGCUUCUACUACUCCUGCAAAGAUUGUUAGUGGGCUAUUCUCAAAUGCUGUGUCUGUGUUUACGAAACGGUUGUGGUCACUCAAACUCAAAGCAACAACCAAAACAGCGGUUUCUGGCCGUCCGAUGAUGAAGUUUGAGAGUGGGUAUACUGUGGAGACGGUGUUUGAUGGAAGCAAGCUUGGGAUUGAGCCUUAUUCGGUUGAGGUGUUGCCCAAUGAAGAACUUUUGCUUCUGGACUCUGCUAAUAGUAAUAUCUACAGAAUAUCGGCCUCUCUUUCUCUCUACACCAGACCAAAGCUGGUUGCAGGAUCACCUGAAGGUUAUUCUGGACAUGUAGAUGGGAAACCCAGAGAGGCAAGGAUGAACCAGCCAAAGGGGCUUACAGUUGAUGACAGAGGAAACAUUUAUAUUGCAGACACUAUGAAUAUGGCUAUUAGGAAGAUAAGUGUUGCUGGGGUUACAACAAUUGCGGGAGGAAGAUGGAGCCGUGGAGGGGGUCAUGUUGAUGGACCAAGUGAAGAUGCAAAAUUUUCUGACGAUUUUGAUGUGGUUUACAUUGGUAGCAGUUGUUCCCUCCUUGUUAUCGACAGAGGAAACCAGGCUAUUAGGGAGAUCCAACUCCACUUCAAUGAUUGUGCUUAUCAAUAUGAAAGCGGUUUUCCUCUUGGAAUUGCUAUGCUUUUGGGGGCUGGCUUCUUUGGUUACUUGCUUGCAUUACUGCAACGUAGAGUGGGUACAAUUGUGUCUUCCCACAGUGAUCAAGGUGCACCAGAGACAACCAGUCCUCCAAGUCCAUAUCAGAAGCCUCUAAAGUCGGUCAGGCCACCUUUAAUCCCAACAGAAGAUGAACAGGAGAAGCAAGAAGAAGGCUUUGUUGGAUCCAUUGUAAAGCUUCUUUUCAACACUGGGGCGUCAGUAAUGGAGAUUCUGGGAGGAAUAUUUCUGGGGUUCAGAAAGAAGCCACUAAACUAUCAGUACCAAAGCCAACAGCAGCAACGAAAGCACUCAAAUACUUGGCCCAUGCAGGAGAGCUUUGUGAUACCUGAAGAAGAUCAGCCCCCUUCAAUUGACACCAGAACCCCCACUCUGCGUAAAACAUAUCCUUUCAUGUCCAAGGAUGCAGAAAAUAUGCACCAAUUGCAGCAAAGUCGAGUUUUCUUUAAUGGGUGGGACGGCAAUCUUCAGCAGCAGCAGCAGCAUCAUCGUCAUAGGUAUCAUUCAUCCAUCCCAAACACUUACUAUGAGCAGAGCUGUGAAAAGACCAAUGAGAUUGUCUUCGGGGCAGUUCAGGAGCAGGAUGGAAAACGUGAGGCUGUGGUGAUAAAGCCUGUUGAUCAUGGGGAUCACAUGUUUGAUCAUCACAACAUUCGCUCUCGAAGUAAUUCUAUGGGCCGUCGCCAUGGCUAUUGAUCAUAUCAUAUAAGGCAGCAAUUCAUAGUUUUGACCUCACUCCAUCUGCAUAGCAGUCCUAAAUUUAGGUUACAGGUGGUAUCUCUUUUUUCUUCUGAAAAAAUGCAUCUGUUGGGAGCAUUUCCAAUGUGAAAAUGAUCUGUCUGGCCAAAAUAUUCAGGGCCUUCCUGUUACCAAAUCCAAGGAGAUGAGCUUGUAGCUAAUGCUUCGAUUUAUUUCCAUAGAAUACUUGCAUA